GUUUUGGGCAAUCGUUUGCCACGAGGAAGCCGUCAAACCCUCUGAUUAUUACGUGAACUACAGUACCACUCGAUUACGAAGCACGACUUCUACGUUAUAAAAUAAUUCGAGCUGACUUCAGACGUAUUUCAUACAAGUGGCUCGUCGAAGAAAUUGAAAUAAGGAACCUUCGUAAUUGAUUUUCAUAAGAUACAACCAAAUUUUAACGAAAAUAUAGUAAAUAAUAUAGCAUAUUCGUUGACAAAAUGUCUAUGGUUAAUAAGAUAAUACGUUCCGUCGAAACUCGUAUAGGUUUUAAUAUGUUUAUUCAGUUUAAUAGCUUGAGUAUAUCUUCUGUGAGAACAUUGGAUCAGGAUUGGCGAGCAAAGAAAGGUUUGACUAAAAAUCCUAAUGCUUUUGGAGCACUGACUAAUUUGGCAGAUUAUACCUUUUUGGAUGGAAGACCAACACCUUAUGGAAUUAGACAAAAAACACGCAUAAAUAAACAAAUAAACUAUGCUCAAAGAAUUAAAAAACUAAUAUCUGAAGUAGAUUACGCUGUUGAAAGACAUAAUAAGAAGCAAAAAGAAAUGGAAGAAAGAAGGAAUAGUAUUAUCAGCAACAAGUUAAAACCAAAAGGAGAUCUCCUAUUAGAAAAAUCUGAUAAAAAUUAAGAAAUAUUGUAAAUCAGACAAAAAACAAGUACGAAUGCAAUACAUAAAAAUAAAAUCUUUAUAACAACCCUA